GCAAAGCAUCAUAGCUUGCUGUGUAUCCCGCGCAACGUUCUAACAAAACUCCUCCUCUCAGUUUCUAAUCUCCACAAAAAAAAAAAAAAUUCCCCCAAAAUCUCCGAGCUCCCGACUCUUCUCUCCCAAAACUCUCGUCAUCUCCGAUCCGGCCCCCCCACAGAGUCCAACUCCGACCCGACCCGAUCGCCCAUGGGGCAAACCAAGCCCGCGACCGAUGUCAAUUCAACUUCCGGCGAAUCUUCGAAGCCCUCGGCGAAGCUUUUGACCGCCGGCGAUCGGAGAUUACUCGAGGUGGAGCUUCGGCAAGGGGAGACGACGUACGUCUCGUGGAAGAAGCUUGUGAAGGAGGCUAGCAAGGACGAUUUCUCGUCGGGUUCGGGGCCUGACCCGCCGCCGCCGCCUGCUAAUGCUAACCCUAAUCUCGAGUCUCGACUUGCGCCGGGGGCACCUGCAGAAGGUGGAACGGUCGACCAACCUCAUUCUAACCGUUUUAACGCCGUUAUAGAAAAGAUCGAGAGGCUUUACAUGGGGAGAGAUAGUAGUGAUGGGGAAGAGUUAGAUGGUGCUCCCGAUGAUGACGAGUAUGACACUGGAGAUUCGUUUAUCGAUGAUGUUGAAUUGGAUGAGUAUUUUGAAGUUGAUGAUGCGAAAAUUAAACAUGAUGGAUUUUUUGUUAAUAAAGGAAAGUUAGAACAAGUUGAACCGUCAAUAACAACAACAUCGAGCAAACAACCAAAGAAAAGGAAAAGGAAAGAGUCAGCAAAACCUUGUGGCGAUGUUGUUGAUGUAUCCAGUAAACAAGGAAAGAUAGCUAAGACGGCUGGGGGAAAGGAUCAAUCAGUUGCUUCUGGGCUCUCUCCAAAGAAUAAGUCCAAUGAUCCAAAGAUGGUGCAAAAUUCGGUUUCUCCUUUGAAAGUACAGAGUGGCAAUGACUCCUUGUCUUUGGAAAAUGUGAAGCAUAGUGAUAAAGCGAAUCAUCAGUCAAGGAACACUACAAGUCCGACGUCAAAGGCAGUUGGAUCUUCUGGCGCCAAAAGUGCUCAUCAGCAAACUAGUUCCGUGCCAGGAAUAUCUCGGCCAAAUGUAUUAGGAAAAUCAACAGUAGCACGUCAGAAAGAAAACAAUGGCAUGCAUGACCAGGACAAUGCAACAGUAAGCAGACAGUCUAAUCAAAUAACUAAGAAAGCCGGUUCUAACGCCAGGCCUAAAACGUCGACACUUGAGAAAGCCUUCAAGGAAUUGGAGAAGGUGGUCGCUGAAUCAAGGCCUCCUGCUGCUACGGAUAAUCAAGAUGCUGAUACCUCUUCCCAAGUAGUGAAGAGGAGAUUGCCAAGAGACGUAAAAAUGAAACUUGCUAAAGUUGCUAGGAUUGCGAAUUUUAUUUUCUCGAAGCAAGCGAGCCAAGGGAAUUUAUCAGGAGAGUUAAUCGAUCGUCUCAUGAGCGUUGUCGGUCACCUAAUACAGGUUAGAUCGUUGAAGAGGAACUUGAAAAUCAUGAUUGAUUCCGAAGACACUGCAAAUCGAGAAAAAGAUAAUAGAUUCGAACGUAUCAAGAAUGAAGUUAUUGAGACGCUAAAAACACAAGUUCCGUUGAUGGAACUUCAGAAACCCAAUCAAGAAGCUGGAACAUCAGACGAUUUUGAAAAUCCUCCUCCUUCUACCAAGAAGAAGUUUGUCAUGGAUGAGGCGCUGGAGGACAAGUUGUGUGAUCUAUAUGACAUCUUUGUUGAUGGGUUGGAUGAAGAUUCAGGUCCACAGAUCAGAAAGCUUUAUGCAAAUUUAGCUGAACUCUGGCCAAAUAGGUUAAUGGACAAUCACGGGAUCAAACGUGCCAUUUGCCGGGCAAAAGAAAGACGGAGAGCGAUGCACGUAAAUCUUGGGAAAGAGAUGGAUCAAGGGAAGAUGACAAAGAGGAAACAGACACAAUUGGUACCAAAAUCAGAGGGUACAGUCCCGACAUCAUCAGGUGUUGGAGAUAAAACAACAGGCGUUGUCCCAAGCGCAACCACCACGUCUCUAGUCCACACUCAACCUACAGCGGACAUGUCCCGUGACAAGUCGAAGCAGAAGCAUGAGAAACUAAAAGGAAGCUCAAGCUCUGGCAAUCCUUCAGGAGAAGCAAAGGCAGGCAAAAGAAAGAAAGAAAAGAGUGUAGAAGAAUCUAACCUACCCACAGUGAAGCAGCAGACACGUCCACAGACUCCCUUGGACCUGAACCUGCCAAGUUGAGUAGUACGGCUUUAGUUUAAAGUUUUUUUUUGUAGUCAAAGCCUGGCUCUAGCCUUGCCUUUUGUAGCUUUUGAAGUUCCAAAGACAAAAAUGUAAUUUACCGUAAUCGUAUCUUCUAAAUCUAAACGUAGGCCCAAUUGGGUUUA